GCGGUCGUGACGUAGAUUGUAAACAGGAAGUAGCCCGUUGGGAGAGGAAACGCCGUCUUUCAAUUUUGUGACUGGAAAGAAGUCAUCAUGGGGAAAAGCUGCAAAGCUGUAAUAUGUGGCCAGACUGCAGUUGGUAAAACGGCUGUUGUGGAACAAUUACUGUAUGGCAAUCAUGUUGUAGACUCGGAGCCUAUGGAGACCCUUGAAGAUAUUUACGUUGGCUCAGUGGAGACGGACCGUGGAACACGAGAGCAGGUGCGCUUUUACGACACCCGUGGACUCCGGGACGGGAUGGAGUUUCCCCGACAUUACUACACUUUUGCCGAUGGCUUCGUGCUUGUUUACAGCAUAGACAGCAAAGAGUCCUUUAAGCGAAUGGAGGCCCUUAAGAAAGAUAUUGAUCGUCACAGAGACAAGAAAGAGGUGACCAUUGUUGUGUUGGGCAACAAGCUGGACAAGCAGAACGAGAGGAGGGUCGACUCCAACUUCGCUCAGAACUGGGCGAAGAACGAGAAGGUGCGUCUGUGGGAGGUGUCAGUGGUGGACCGCCGCACGCUCAUCGAACCCUUCGUCUACCUGGCCAGCAAAAUGACCCAACCUCAGAGCAAGUCCACGUUCCCUCUGACGCGCAACAAGAACAAGGGCAGCGGUUCAACAGAGAGUUAAAACGCUGAACUCAGCUCUCCUGGUGAAGGUUCGAGUGUGGGGUUUGUUAAAAGAAGCACUCUUUAACUUAAAAAGCAACAUUUUGAUACCAGGGAGGUAUUCCAGAAAUCACGUUGAACAAACUUAACUUACCUUGAGCGGGGAAACUCCAGGUUUUCAGUUCCAGAAAGAAUAAUAAGGGUAAAUAACUAUA